AUUACACACACCUUGAAAUAAAAUUAAUAAGGACGCAGUGUAAAAAUAAAAAAUAAGUAUGGACGACGAACAAGCGUAUAUAACUAAUCUGCCUUUAGAAGUUUUCGAUAUAAUAUUGAGAAAUAUCGACGGACUCAGCCUAGGGAGAUGUAGGCGUGUGUGCAAAGGUUGGAAAGAAUUAAUCGAAAGUUCAGAUUGCUUGUGGCACCAUAAAUGCCGAGAAGAUUUUAAAAGUUCAUCGAAAAUCGCCAGAAGAAAAUCCGGUAACCAAUGCACCUGGUACCAUUUGUAUAAAAAUCUGACCCUAUGGUCAAAUCUAAUGAAAUAUAAACCAGAAGUAAAAAAAUUCAACAAAUUUCUUCGUAACGACAAUUUGCGAGCUUUAGACAUCGAUUAUGGUCUACUGCCGUUGAGAUCUGAUAAAUGUACAAUUAUUUUAAAUACUAGUGUUCUAGAACAUCUCACUCGACUGCCUAACUAUACGUUACCUGAUAGACACUGUAUAAGAAUUGCUAAUAACGACAAUGUGACAAUCGUUCAAGUCAAAUUAGGUAUUUACAUUCAAAGGACAGUAGCCUCCCCGAAAUUCACUGCGGAAGGAUUCCUCAAAGCAGACGGUUUUGUUCUCACAAAUAACCAUUUGUACUAUCACUAUAACAAAGAUGUUUUCGAACUUGAUCUAAAAUGCAAAGAAUUGUUGCCAAAGUUUAUUGUGAUGAUAAAAUAUAAUAUCAAAGAAAUGCAAUACAGCGAACAUGUAAUAUAUAUAUUCACCGAUCAUGGUUUUAUUGUGAAUCUAGAUAUGAAUAGAAGAUUUUUCGAUAAUUUGAUAUAUACACUCAUAAAUUGCCCAGCGGAAUGGAUCAAACAUAUAAAACAUAUAAGUGCAGUGGAUGACAAAAACUUUAUAUGUUAUUCCCGGAAUUUAAUUAAGAUUGAGGUAGGCCAGUGCAAGCAUCUUUAUUUGGAGUUUCCACCUAUAACAGCUUUAUUCUUCUACGUGGACAUCAUCUUACUUGGCACGCUGGACGGCCAGAUUUUAAUAUACAGAUUAUCGAGUCAAACCCCAGGCUGCCAUAAACCAGUAUUUUAUACUCUAGCAAGGUUGCCCGAAGGGGAGGUGCCACUACAUUUGGACGUCUGCGAAAGAAAAACGGGGCCCUUGAUAGUGGCUUCCACGGUUCUGCAACUGUACCUCGUAGAGUAUCGUUUUUUUCCACAGGAAAAGCAACCUUUACCGUUCACAUUAACAAGACACAAAAUGGAUGCGAGGAUGAAAAAACUCCAAUACAGAAUGAAGAUAUCGAACAAAAAUCACGAUUACGAUAAAGAUAAAUUAAGUGCAGCGACCAACUGAAUAUAAUGUCAGUUUUCUCUAGGAAUUUCGGUUUAUUUAUUUGGUUUACCAACACUUUCUUACGCUACACUUUGCCAAAUUUGGGAUGAAAAUUUUGACAAAGUCAACUGACAGACAGGGCUCGGAUCCGCUUUCAUUUACCGCAAAAUUUUGGUUUAUAACCGGUUUAUUUUAAUGUUCUUCGUUUCACCGGUUAAAUGAUUGAACGAACGAAAAUGUUAUAGGUUGCCUUAUCUUAACAAUUAUUCAUUGUAAAGUAAACCUCUCCUGAGGAUGCUCCGGUUUCUGAGCGA